AUGGCCUCCCGAGCUACAAAGUGUGAAACCAAAGGAGAUUAUGACGAAGCUUUCCAGUCAUACAUAUCAUCUGUUCAAACCUACUUGUAUCUGAUCCGUAAUGUACCGGACGGAAGCUUGAGGAUAAGCUUGAAGGAGAUGUCGACCAAGUUAUUGAAUCGGGCCGAACAGAUAAAGUCACAUCGACGACACAUCAAAGCUGCCGUACGGGAUCGAGUCUCUUUAGGAACAAGACCUGGUAUUGAAAGGAUCGGAAAAAAUCAAUGGCCAAUCAUAUCGCCCGUGGAUCUCCUCAGCUUCAAACGAAGUCAAUAUGAGCCACCUUUGAACCCGGCUCAAAAAAACAUCUUCCUUCGCUGGGUCUCCAUCUCCGAUCUAUAUCCCAACAGUAUUUUGUACAAACCCGGAGAGCCUGAUCCAACGGAUAUAGUACAGGAUGUUGUGACAGAUUGCUCACUGAUAGCCUCGUACGCUACUGGCCGUAUGAAGCAUACCCAAACUGAUGGUAGUUUGUCUCAGCUCAAUGUGGCUUGUCUGUACCCCAAAGACUACUCUGGCAAUCCAGAAGCCACGACUAGUGGGAUCUAUCGAGUAAAACUCUUCUUGAAUGGAACUUAUAGAGAGAUUCCUGUAGAUGAUAAAAUUCCCACGGGGAUUGAACGACCGAUGAUGUGUGCUCAAUGUCGUGGAGGAGAUUUUUUCUGGCCAGCUCUCAUUGAAAAAGCAUACAUGAAAGUGAUGGCUGGCUAUGAUUUUGUGGGAUCGAACUCUAGCGUCGAUCUUCAUGCUUUGACCGGCUGGAUUCCAGAGACAAUUUUCACAACUAGUGGAGAAUAUCGCGGUGAAAAGUCUUGGCGUCGGGCGCUUGCAGGCUUUAAGAAAGGACAUUGCUUGGUGACAGUAGGUACCAACGGCAACAUCUCCGACGCAUUGGACUCGGUGGGACUGAUCCCACAUCAUAAUUAUGCCAUUCUGGACAUGGACGAAGAUGAUACGGGUAGAAGACGUGUAAAGUUAUACAAUGCUUGGAAUGCAAGACCGGACGAAAAGUCAACUAGUUGGACUAGCGAGCUCAAAGAUGCUCUUCCAGGAAUUGAACCUAGUCAACAGAAGGAGCUCGUGGGAACAUUCACUAUUUCCUGGGAGGCUCUACAAAUUUACUUUGAUACGAUAUAUAUGAAUUGGGACCCAAAGAUCUUCGAAUAUCAACAAACCGUACAUUUCUCAAAUGCACCUGUACCUGCAUUCACUUUUCGCUUCGGGCCCGUGCCCCAAUCACAGGCAGAAGCGGAAGUCUGGGUUUUGCUUACUCGUCACUUAAGUGACCAACCUUCGGACUGCGAGAAUUACAUGUCGUUCAGCGUAUUCCACGAUGAAAAUGAUGAUGAGCUCAUUGAGGGCACUGAUUAUGUUCCCCAACCAGUUAUUUCUACCCCACUUUCAAAUGCGAUCCACGUUCUAACUCGGUUCGUGCCAUCCUCGCAUCAAGCGGCAUACACCAUAAAUUUUUCUUUUCAUUGCCCAAGAACGCCUGCCCAACGAUCUAACAACCCUCAGAAACCCAGCGGAUAUACUCUCAGCAUCUACUCGUCAUCUCCGUGUUGUUUACAAGACGCUGGUCCUGUCACCCUCCCUUAUACCGCAGAAGUCGAGGGCAAAUGGACUACCCGCACAUCGGGGGGAAAUCACAGUCUAACGACUUUCAUGAACAACCCAAUGUGGAGAGUGACGAUUGGUGAAGCAAAGGAUCGAACGAAGUUAACAUCCAAGAAAACAUUGAGGGCAACAUUGUUUGCGUGUGACGAGGCAGGAGAUGUCGACUCCGGGAAAGCUCUAAAUCUCAAACUUGUAAGAGCGGAUGGAGAUGGUAGAGUCUAUGAUGUCGAAAGAAGAGAUCUCGUGGCUGACUCAGGUAGUUAUACUCGUGGACGAGCUCAACUUCGGACAAAGGGGAUUUUACCUGGAACAUAUACGAUCGUACCAUCCACUUUUUCUGCUGGUGUUCAGGGAUCAUUCAAAUUAAGCGUAGAAUGUGAAUUACCUCUCAUAACCACAACACCCAUUCCACUCGAGGGUUCUGGAAUGUACAAACGGACUUGCUCCGCGACUUGGGAAGAGGAACGUCAAUCUCAAACCCCCGGUUGGAAAGUCUUCGGGGGAAAGGGUGACGUGGAAAUCAAAUUUCGAGUCCAAGCCACCACAAAUCCUGGCCUGUAUCCAGUGAAGCUUUGCUUAUACCGAACAUCCCUGGGUCAGGACUCCAGACAAGUUGUUGCUUCCGGAACCUUGACACUUGCAUUGAGUGGGGCUGCACUCGGGCCUCUACAGCUGACUUUCGUGGAUGAGGUAACAUACACGAUAUGUGUCGAAGCAGUUGGAGAUCCGUGUCUAACGACUGGCAGUGGCUAUAGUUUGAUAGCAUACGCUGAUCAGCCGCUCACCCUUUCCCGCCGUUAUAGAGUGGCUCGAUUAGAUCAUACUGUAUUAUCAUGUAAUACAAGUGUCCUUCUGAAUGUUCUCCAGCACUAUCCACUGGAUGGAAGCUCCUUGCGGAAUCCGCUCGCCUUCGUGCCACUUGUAGUUGUAGAGGACUCUGGUCUCGAUGCUCACUUCUCUUCUGACGACUCACUUCACACCAACUGCAAGCCCCAUUCAGCACUCGGUAUCCUCUGUGAAAGCGAGUCCAAGAGGAUUCUUUAUGAACCAGUAACCAGUUGUAGUAAUAUACAGCAAGUCUGUGCCUACACUUGA